AUGCCCAUUCCGCCCCGAUUACCAAGCCCCAUAGGAUGCCAAUGUGGGCGAGACGCACCACGAGAGCUUCUGGCUCAAGUCGAGCCGUACCUGGAUGAGUUGAUGUCGGUUUAUUUCGACCAUGUCGCUCCCUGCUACCCAAUCGUGGAAGAGGAAUAUAUCAUGACCCGGAUCCAGACCCAGGGCCACCGUCUUCCACAGCUAUUUUCAAUCAUUCUUAUUUCCCACGCACUAUUUUAUUGGGAACUGUCCCCCAAUUUACAAUUGCACCGACGGCCGGAUCAGGAUCUAGCGUGGCAAAGUGCAGUGGCUUUGAGCGCAGCAAGCAUACAGAGGGGUGACGUCGCCACGAUUGCAACCAUCUGCAUUGGUGUUUCUGGUCGUCCGUGCCAGCGCUUGGUCAAUAACGCAACUAACAUGGCACGCAGUGUGGCAUUGGCACAUAUCAUUGGUCUGAACCACGAUUGUCAAGGGUGGAAGAUCCGUGACCUGGAGAAACGUACCCGUGUCAAGGUCUGGUGGGCACUUUUGAUUCAAGAUCGCUGGUUCAACUUUGCACAAGGCACCCCACCUUAUAUUUCGCAAGACCACUACGAUGUGCCCAUGCCAACGGUCGGUUUACUAUUGCAAGGAGGCAGAGCAGAUUCUCAUAAGCACAUUCGUGCUGCUGAGAUCUACAUCAAAUUGUGCGAACUCACGGAAAUCAUCGGUGGGGUAUUACCUAUAAUCUACCGCCUUCGUGUCGGUGCUGGGAGACGAUCUACAUCCAUAGACAGAGUCUCACGCGCCGAAAGUGACCUGGAUCGCUGGAUUGAAGAAUUGCCCGUGUGGUUGAAUAUGACAGAUUUUUCUGAUUCUCGACCCCAGGUUCCUGGCCUGGUAAAUCUGCAGCUCUCGUACCUGUCUAUUCGGAUGCUAUUGCGACGCAUUUCCUGGCAGGGGGACAGCCUAGACACGCGUCAGACUAUGGGUGAGCAAGCUUCAGACCAGGCCUGGACGCUCUCAUGUAAGGCUGCAGCCGAAGAUGUUGUACGAUUCGUCAUUUCUCUGACAAAGGAUGAUCUUACGGGUUUCUGGUUGCCUUACAAUGCUCAUCACUUCACAUCAGCAGCCACCUUGUUACUGCGCUGUGCCCUCCAACAACCUAUCAACCCAAAGAUGCGAGACCAGUGCAUUACUAGUGCACUUGACAUGGUCAAUUGCCUCCGAAAGUACCGAGAUGAGCAUAGAUGGGACCUUGCAGAGACGUGUCUCUCACAGAGUGAAUCAACGCUGAACAGAAUUCUGGAUUUGGCUACCAAAACCGUCGGCUCAGCAACAGCUACAAGAAGCAAUUCAACCCCUUAUGCGCGCACCUAUCAACGGCAAAGCGAUCUUAAUGACCUCAUUGGCCAGAAUCCAUCGAAUGACAACGGUAAAGGGGCAUACACUUCGGAAUAUUCGUCUUUCAUUCUCCCAGACCAGGAACAUGCUUCCAGCCUCGAAGCGCUUUUCCCUGAAAUUUUUGACGACUGGUACACUGACAACUUUCUGCCUGAGCCAGAUGACUUCAAUUUUGAUGUGUAA